UCGACGUCAUCGUCACUACGACAACACAAACGUCGUUACAACGCUUUACGAAUCUACUUGUUAGAUGACUUGGCCCGCCAACAAGCUUCGACACAGAAUAUCCUGGCAGGCACAAAGCGACUAUUCCAGUUAAGAUGAUUUAUUGAUUGGGUGGUUCAUUUCGCGCAGUCUCGCUGCACUUUUAAGCUUCUUCAGUUAGCGCCUCUUAGCUUAGCUCAGUUUAGCUUGCUAGCUGCGAACAAAGAGACGCCGAAGUGAGCUUAGUGAGUCUCAAGUGUGUGAAAAUGUGUAAAGUAGAAAUGCUGAAGGCGUUGCUAAAUCAGCGGCUAAGUGCAGCCGUCGACGAAAUAGUUGGAGUUUUUGCGCGAACGAUAGCAGAGUACGAAGAGGAACUUUGCCGGACAAGAGAGGAGAACGCGAGACAACGUCAAAUGCUGGACGCCGUUUUCAGGCCUAAAGCUGAGACACUCGGAGCAGAUGUUGGCGAGGAAGCCGUUCCCCCUGCGCAGCAGGAUCCAGAGGUUGUGCAGGUUAAAGAGGAAGCGCAGGAGGCUGAUAUCGGCACGUUACCAUCAGCUGGUGUUCCUUUCAAGAGUGAGGAUGAAGAGGAGCAGUCACAACCUCUUCCCAAUCAAAGUGAGCAUUCAAGAUGGAUGAGGCCGCUAAGCAGUAACUCAAGUCAGUGCGCGGCAACGGAAGAGGAUGGAGGCCACCAUGGAGAAUCGCAGGCAGACAGACUCUUUGCUCCGCGGUCAGAACAUCGCGACAAAAGAACAUCACACUCUCCAGGUGAUGCGGCAUGGCAUGCUGACCACAGGUACUUCAAGUGCUCUCAUUGUGACAAAACAUUUGGCACCAAGUACAGUUUGACGAGGCACAUGCAAAGUCACACUGGUGACAAAACACACUGGAAAUGCUCCCAGUGCGGGAGAACCCUUGGCGACCGGAGGAAUCUGAGAAGACACAUGAUGGUUCACACGGGAGAGAAGCCAUUCACGUGCUCAAUCUGCGGAAAAAGAUUCUCUCAGAAGGCCAACUUGAUCACGCACACGAGAACGCACACCGGCGAGAAACCGUUUGCCUGCACACACUGCAGCAAACGCUUUGGGGAUCGUUCUGCACUGAUUCAACACAGGAAAACACACGCAGCGGCGGGCAAACGUUUUGCCCGCUCGGUGUACAACCCGAGUUGCGGUGUUCAUUCAAAUUUGGGACAACAUAUAAGAACGGGGCAGAAACCAUCUGCCUAGUGUGCGGAGAAGUUUCUCUCCAAUCUGCACCCCAUAUCAGGUCAAACACACGAAACAGGGUAUGUUAUUACAGUUUACAGUUUUUAUUAGUCUCCUAAACCUGUGAUAGUAGAUCAACCAGUAAAUCGUGUAUAUCGAUAUAAAUAGAGUGUCGAAGUUGUGCCACUGUUAGAGGAAUCUAUGAUGUUUAAAGUUUCAUUUAAUUUGGGCACGUUUGGGUGCGUAUCCGGCACCCCCAAAAUGUCUGCGCGCGAAGGCGGCGGCCACCUGGCUGGAGGACUGUUGAAGUCCACAAUUAGCACGUCAAUGCAGGUGGGCCAUCAGAGGAGAGAGGGCGAGACUCGGUCGCAAAGGGGGAAUGAAUAAUUCGAGAACAGCGGUGGAACAACAUAAGACGAUUUGAGAACAGCCGUCGCGACAUUGGCCGUCCGCAAAGUCUGCAACGUGUUGAUUCAGAAAGGCGCCAAAGUACCGGUGGUUCAAAACUAAAGCCCAGGUAACCAAUCACGACCGAGGGGCCGGACCGGGGUUGCGGUAUGCAAAUAUCGGGGGCAGUGUUAUCCUUGUAUGUUACAAUCAAAGUCUGAAUUGGCGGGAAGGGAGGUGGAGUGUGUGUGAUCAUCAGGGCAACUACCGUCGUUCGCUCUCGGAGAUCCCUCCCGCCAAUAUUGAAGACAAUUUUCCCUGUGUGCCGAGUCAUUUCUUGAACUUUGUCCGAGAAAAACUCUUGACGGCCACAAAUGCCGUCAGUGUCCCAUGUGUGUCUUGUUGUCAAAUGAC